UUUGAAUAUUGGAAAAAAGUAGGAGAUAGCUUAGGAUUUUUAUAUACAGCCUCAGGACCUUUGGUCAGAAGUAGUUAUAAAGCAGGAGAAUUUUUUAUUAGCAAUAUUUUACGAAAAAGGCAACAGGAGCUUGGCGCAGAAUCCG